AUGUCGACUCAGAAUCUCUUUUACGAUUCCAAUGAUUUACCAUCAAACGUAUUAACUUUAAUUGAUGAUAAGUUUUAUGAUUUUGUGGAACAACAUUUAGGAAUGUAUCAAUCAUUAUUAUUGAAAAUACAACAAAUUAAUUCAGUUUCAUGUUUUUUAUUAACUGACGAUCCAUGUCACAUUUUAAGCUUAAGCAUCAACGACAAUGAACUAUAUGAGUUAAAAAAACAUAUAUGUUUUCAAUUAUCGGAUGGUUCAUUUUUUGUCAAACCUGGUGUUAAAAUUGGAUUCAAAUGUUUGCAUGAUUUGCUGACAAAAGAAGUUGAAGAAAAAUUAAAAAAGUCAAAGAAUACAAAAGUACAAGUAAGCACAACCGCUCCAUUCAACAUUUUAUCAUCAUCAUUUUUAACACCACCACUAACAACAAUAUCAACAGAAACAAUUCCCGCAGCUUCGCAGAAUACGCAUUCAUCACUUAAAGAACCGUCAUCAACAUCAAUUAAUGAACAUAAGAAGAUGGAAAAGAUUUUUUUUUUGAAUGUUGCAUUUAAUGAAAGAAAUGCACUUAAAGCAAGUGUAAAAUGUAACUGUGGUCGAAUAAUAACCUUAACUGUAAAAAAUGGAAAUAUUCAGCUCUCUAAUUUUCAAAAGCACUUGCGUAUGACGAACUGUAGUCAUAUGAAUUUUUUAAAAAGAAAUUUUACAACACAAAAAAAAACAAAUCUUCAACAAUCAUCAAGCAGCUCGUCAUCGUCGAUUGAUGCCUCAUUAACACCAUCUAAACCAACACAACAACAAUCUGUUUUACAAGUUCCUGUUUUUGUUUCAACUGAUGCAUCAUCAAUAGUAUCUGCGCGUUCGUCGAAUAUAGAUACAACUGUGCCACAAACAGACUCUCGAAAACGUGAUCUUGAAUUAAAACCAUCGUCAUCUCAAAAGAUAAAGCGAACUCGGAUUUGA